UUAUUUUCUUCUCGCCCAAAUUCUGCUCAAAUCUUUGGUGAUGGAGCAAAAACUCUGAACUCGGCUCCGGUGGAAAUGAGAGGCAAAGUUAUGCAACACCACUGAAACCUGAUCGGACAAAUAUUGAAGAAGAACUUGGCUGCAUUAGGCUCUUCAUUUUUGGGAUUUGAAGAGUAUUUGCUCUUGGUUUUUCAUUUUUCUCAAAUUACUUCUAUGAAAGUUGCCAAAUCUCACUGUAUAGAACUGUAGGCCAUGAUUUUCUCUAAGAUUUCUAACAUUAGACCAUUCUCCACCCUCCUUUUGCUUGCCAAUUCUCAAUCUCUCUCCCUUGUUUCUCUAUUGAAGAGUGGUUUCACUCCCACCACCACUCACUUCAAUCAAUUCCUCCUCUUCCUUUCUAAAUCCAAAAGAUUCAAACUUAUCAUACACUUGGUGAAAUCAAACCAAUUCAAAGAAGAUUCCAAGACACGCAGAAUUUUCAUACAAGCCCUUGUCAAAGAGGAUAAAUAUGAUGAGGCAGUUCAGUACUUGAAGAAGAAGAAUACCCAGAUGGAGAAAAGCUUAUUUGAUUCAUUAAUUCAACCCCUCUGUAAAAGAAACCCCGAAAAGGCGCUUUCCAUACUGCAGGAUUGCUCAGUGAGUGAUGGUGUUUUGCUUUCUUCGUACACUUACUCUUCAUUGAUUUACUGUUUAUGUAGUCAGGGAAAGAUGGAUGAGGCAAUUCAUGUGUUAGAUUUGAUGAACAAUGAGAAAAAUAAAUACCCAUUUGAUAAUUUUGUAUGUAGUUGUGUGAUUUCUGGGUUUUUGAGUGUUGGAAAGGCUGAACUUGCUGUUAAGUUCUUUGAGAAUGCUGUGAGUUUAGGUUAUUUGAAGCCCAAUGUUGUUACUUAUACAGCACUAUUAAGUGCUUAUUGUAGGUUAGGAAGAAUCGACGAGGUUUCGGAUUUGGUUGCUAGGAUGCAGAUAUAUGGAUUAGAAUUAGAUGUUGUGUUUUACAGUAAUUGGAUAUAUGGGUAUUUUAGAGAAGGGGCAAUUGAAGAGGCACUCUGCAAACACAAUGAGAUGGUGUGUAGGAGAAUUGAGUUGGAUACAAUAAGCUAUACAAUACUUAUUGAUGGGUUUUCAAAGGAGGGGCAUGUGGAGAAAGCAGUUGGUUUCCUAUACACAAUGAAAAAACGUGGUCUGCAACCUAAUUUGGUUACUCUUACAGCAGUGAUAUUAGGAUUUUGCAAGAAAGGGAAACUGAGUGAGGCGUUUGCAGUGUUUACGAUAGUUGAAGAUUUGCAGAUUGAAACGGAUGAGUUUCUUUAUGCAGUGUUAAUUGAUGGUGUGUGCAGGAAGGGUGACAUGGAACGAGCAUUCGAACUGCUCGGUGAAAUGGAGAAGAGAGGCAUAAAACCUAGUGUUGUCACAUACAACACCAUUAUUAAUGGAUUGUGCAAAGCAGGGAGGAUGAUUGAGGCUGAUGAUGUGUCUAAGGGAUUCCCCGGAGAUAUUAUCACAUAUAGUACGUUGUUACAUGGUUAUAUGCAAGAAGAAAAUGUCACGGGAAUGCUAGAAACAAAAAAUCGAGUUGAAGCAGCUGAUGUUUCUCUGGAUGUUACUAUGUGCAACUUGCUUUUAAAAGGCUUGUUUAUGAUGGGGUUGUUUGAGGAUGCUCUUUCCAUAUAUAAGAAAAUAUCGGAUAUGGGCUUGACUUCCAAUUAUGUUACUUACUGUACAAUGAUUGAAGGUUACUCAAAAGUAGGAAUGCUAGAUGAGGCUCUUGAGAUAUUUGAUGAAUUUAGGAAGGCAUCUAUAACUUCAGCUGCAUGUUACAAUUGCACCAUUCAGGGGCUUUGUGAGAAUGACAUGCCGGACAUGGCAGUUGAAGUAUUUGUUGAACUAAUAGAUCGAGGUCUGCCUUUAAGUACAAGGAUCUAUAUGAUAUUAAUCAAAAAGAUCUUUGGAGUUAAGGGAGCUGAUGGAGUUUUAGAUUUGUUUCAGAGAUUGGGAAGAAUUGAGCAUGAAAAAUUUGGUUCAUUGUGUAACGAUGCUGUUUCUUUCCUGUGCAACAAAGGAUUAUCAGAGGCUGCAUUGGUGAUCCAAAGUAAUGGUUUUGUACUAAGCAAGAACUCUUACUAUCUUAUAAUGAGAUCUCUUCUCUAUGGUGGCAAAACCUUUUUGACUGGCCUCCUUUUGACAACAUUCAUAAAAAAUUAUGGGAUGUUUGAGCUUAGAGAAAAGGAGAUACUUGUGUACUUUCUUUGCAUUAAAAAUAUAGAAACUGCACUUCGGUUCCUUGCUACUAUGAAAGGUGACGUAUCUGCGGUAACUUUUCCUGCUAUAGUUUUGAGGACACUGACAAAAGGUGGCCGAUAUAUGGAUGCUUUUGACCUUAUUGUGGGAGCGGGAGAUAAGCUACCGCUCUUGGAUGUGGUUGACUACUCAAUUGUUAUUGACGGCCUUUGCAAAGGAGGACAUACCGACAGGGCAUUAGAUCUCUGUAAUUUUGCCAAGAAUAAAGAAAUUUCUUUCAAUAUUGUAACCUAUAACUCAGUUAUCAAUGGGUUGUGUCGUCAAGGGUGUGUGGUUGAAGCUUUUCGGUUAUUUGAUUCAUUAGAAAAGAAUAAUAUAGUUCCUUCGGAAAUCACAUAUGGUAUACUCAUUGACACUUUAUCAAAAGAAGGUCUUUUAGAAGAUGCGAGGAGGUUGUUUGAGGAAAUGUCCCUAAAGGAUCUUAGACCGAAUACUCACAUAUACAAUUCAUUAAUUGAUGGAUGCAGCAAGUUAGGUCAAGUCCAGGAAACUUUGAAGCUUCUUCUUGAUUUGCAAGCUAAAGGCCUAACUCCAGAUGAAUUCACUGUCGGUGCAGUACUUAACAGCUAUUGUCAGAAGGGUGACAUGGAGGGAGCUCUUGGGUUCUUUUCUGAGUUCAAAACGAGAGGUACACUACCUGAUUUCUUGGGUUUCAUGUACUUGGUGAGAGGUUUAUGUGAUAAAGGAAGGAUGGAAGAAUCUCGAUGCAUUUUGAGGGAGAUGUUUCAAUCAAAAUCUGUCAUUGAUCUUCUUGGCAGAGUUGAAAGUGAAAUUGAAACAGAGUCAAUUAGAAGUUUUCUUUCUCUGUUGUGUGAGCAAGGAAGCAUCCAAGAGGCAGUUAAUAUUCUCAAUGAAGUGGUGUCCAUGUUUUUCCCCGUUAGAGAGAAGAGAGUUGAUUCUAAAGACUCGUCCUGCAAAUACAAAACAGAUAUAGACUCCAGAUCAUGCGAGAGUUGGACAUCAGUGAAGGCAUCAAACAACCGUCAUAAUAAAGACACUCAAAUAACACAGUUCCUCGACUUCAAUUCUUAUUAUUCUUGUAUUGCUUUAUUGUGUUCAAAAGGGGAGUAUGAUAAUGCUAAUGAAGUGGCAAAAAUUGUUACUGGUUUCACGUAGAGCUUAUUUGUCUUCAGACAAAAUUGACUAGCUUCUCUAGAUAUGGUUUGAGCUCUUCUAGUGUUUCUUGCCGAAAACAAAGAAUCAUACAAUCAUACAAGAGCUAUAUUGGGUGGAAAAAGAAUUGGAAGCCUUACACCAAGAAGAGAAAAUCUUUGCCUCUAAAGGCACCCAAGGGUGUGGCCUAGUGGUCAAUGAAGUGGUUGAGAACCCUAAGGUCUCAGGUUCAAAACUCAACGGAGACAAAAAAAAUACUAGGUGAUUCUUCCCAUCUGUCUUGGCCUUGGUGGACAUACAUGUUGCUAGUGGGAGGUGGCAGGUAUUCCAUGGAAUUAGUCGAGGUGUGCGAAAGCUGACCCAAACACCACGGUCAUAAAAAAAAAAUAAAAAAAUAUUGGCCUCUAAAGCUAGGUGUUAGGAAACUUGGCACGAUGGACUUAGUAGUAUUCUUUCUAAAACAGAAGCACAGGGGAAUUUGGACUUUCUUGCAAGGGCCAUUCAAGACUUUGUGGCAUUUUAUCUGCACUUUUGCAGACUAUCAUAAAGCUUUAGGCGAUGUCUAGCUGUCACUCGCAGUGUUAUUGCGAUUUUCAAGAGUGGGUUAUAUUUGGAUUUCCCUUGGAAGAUGGAUUGCUUUAUGGGAUGUUCUGGUUAUCUUGGCAUUGAGGAUUGGAAGUGAAAGAUGUUAUGAUUGCAUGUGUCUAGGUGAAUCUGGGAAAAUUGCAAGCCACCUUUCAAGCAUUUUUUACGAGUACUCAGCAGAUGCAAAAAGACAAACCAUGAUUGCAAUUUAUAUGAAUAUUUAACUGAGGGAGAGAAGCGAUUCUAGCCUGGGUUUUCUCUAUUCCUUGGAUGACGUGAUUGUUUUUCUUCAGUUUUCUAUCACUAAUUAUAUGUGUAUUUUCAGACUUCAAGCUAGCCCCUCCUUGUGAGAAAAAAAAAGUGGUUGUUUUCCAUCUGCUGUUUUGUCUCGAUAUGUUUGGACGAAUAAUAUUGUUGUUACGGUAUUGAAGGCAGGCAUGUAAACAGUUCUGUGGGGAAGUUAGUACUUGGGAUUUGUUAGAGUGGAUGGCAAUCACUUGUUGAGAAUGAUUCUGAUCUGUAGAAGGCGCUUUGGUGGGGGACCUUCAUGGACAGUAAGAGAUUGCAGUCAGUUUGAUAAUGAUGGAGUGACAUUGCUUCUUUGGCUGGAUCACUUGGAUAUGGUGCAAACAACGCUCGAUUUCUCCAUUCCUUCCCUAUGUCUUUCUAGAAACUGUCAAGGUAAUUUGCGCUAUACAAAGUUCAUGAUGCAGAAGUCAGAACUCAUUUAGUUCGUCCUAUUGGUGCGACCCAUCCAAAAUAAGUAUCUUCAAAUAAAUGUGAGAAUCACAAUGAAUCUGUAAUUGUCUUUUUUGCCUAUAGAUAACAGAAUAGAUGCUUACAGUGAUAUGCUUUAGGGCACAAACAAGUUAUCCUCUAGAACUCAGGAUUAUCAACUACAUCAACUGUCAGGAUUAUAAGACCU